GAAGGAGCGGGGAGGAGGCACUGAGUGACGCAUGCCCUAUACUCACACACAUUCAGUCUGCCUCUUUCUCUCCCUACUUCUCUCUCUCUCCCCUUCUCUCUCUCUCUCUCUCUCUCCCUUGUUUCUGUUAACUGCUGCUAUUAUAAAUUGGAAUAUUGCUUCUAACCGAAACUUCUACAAAGAGAGCCACCUGUAGUUCUGUUUGAGUCACAGAACACACUUUAUAUUAAGACAACAACUAAAGCAGCCGCCACAGAAUUGGCAUCGCUGAGAGAAGAAUUUUCUACAAGUUAUUGGCAGUAUAUUUGUUUGGUUACAGUGAAAAUCCGAAAUCACAAGAAUGGCAAGUCCUCAUUAUCCCUACUCACGAUCCCUGACACCGCUGUAUAACAGAAUGCCUUCGUGGAGCAUUUGGGAGGACCCAUGGACUGAUAUGCCGCCAUUUUCUCGACUCUCUGACCAAAAUUUCGGAAUAUCUCCAAUGAUGGAUGAUUUCUUCAGUCAUUGGCAAAACUGGCGUCGAUCGAAUAUGCACAGUGGAUUCCACCAUUCUAUGCCUGUGGCCCAACAACAUUCAGCUGUGUCUACAGGAUUUUCAGAAGUGAGCAAUGAUGAAAAAGAGUUCAAAGUCCGGCUUGAUGUGAGCCACUUCAAUCCAGAUGAAAUAACUCUGAAAGUUAUUGACAAUAGAAUUGUAAUUCAUGCAAAACACGAAGAAAAACAAGAUGAACAUGGAUAUAUUCAGAGAGAAUUUAAACGCCAAUAUCUUCUUCCAAGGGAAUGCGAUGCAGCAAAUGUGACUUCCAUGUUGGCCUCUGAUGGUGUUUUAACAAUCCGAGCAAGUAAACUAGCUUUAAACAGUGGUGAGAGAGUCAUACCAAUUACUCAGGAAACCAGUAGUGCUAACCUUUAAGUAUUUCAUACUUUGUGACUUUAGAGACAGGUGAAGAAAAAAAAACAGAACAAUGAACAAUGGUUAAAAUGUUUUAUAAUAUUUUUAAAAAAAAAAAAGGAAAAUUGCUUUGGUUUCUGCUGCAAGUCUGGGGUUUUAUAGACUCUAAGAACACUAAAACCUAUUCUAGAUUUAUUACCAGAUACAUUAGGUAUUCUGACCGUUUCUAUUUUCUUUGAAGUAUUAAGGGUAAACAAAAAACAAAUUCUAAUCUAUCCUAUACACACAUGUGCACACGCAUGCAUGCAUGCGCAUGCGCACACACGCACGCACGCACGCACACACACACACACACACACAUGUGCACACGCACACACACACACACACACACACGCACGCACACACACGCACACACACACACACACACACACACACACACACACACACACACAUAUAUGACGUUUUAGAGCAUGUAAGCUACAUACAAUUUGUUUAUGAGAAAACAUAAUGUAUACCGAAAGGCUCGACUCAUAUUCUUUGUGACAAAACAAAUGGAUUCAAUGCAGCCAACAAAUGAUGAUUGAUUAAUCUGUUUAGUAGAUGAGAUGUCAUGAAAUGGGUUCCACUGAAGGAUUUUCAAAAAUAUCACCUUCAGAUGAUACUAAUACUAUUUAGUUAUUGAAUUAAAGACACUUUUUUGUCGUUGUUCAUUUUUGGGUUUUUUUCCCUUAGGUCAGUUAAGAAAUAAGGCAAUAGAAAUAAAUCUUUAGGAGUGAGUUGUAUAUAAGCAAUAAUAAUGAAAGUGUGUAUGAUCGUUGUGUUGCAGUCAGUAUUGAAAUAUCUGUUGUUUAGUUAGAAAUCUUAGCCUCAGUCAAAAUGGAAAUGAUUCGAAGUUUAUCUGUAAAAACAAGAAUUUCAUAAAAAUACAAGAGGGGAAAUACAUACAUACAUAUAUAUAUAUAUAUAUAUAUAUAUAUAUAUAUAUAUAUAUAUAUGUAUGUAUAUAUAAUUAGUUCUCUUUUUAAAUAUAAAGAAAUAAAAAUGUGAUAGAAAUUUAUUUCAAAAAGGAAGACUGAAGAUGACAUGUUUUGUUGGAAAAUGUGAAUUAAAAAUAAAUAAUAUAAAUGAAAAUGGAGUAAGGCUGUAAGAAUGGCAAAGUCUGGAAGAUAUCAGAAUUCUGUGAAGAAGAAAUAGUUGAUGUCUUCAAUAUAAAACAAUACUCUCCAACAGCUUUCCCAUCAAAGUUGAAAUUUUAUGAGAAGUUAAAAUUGUUAAAAGCUUGUAUACAUAGAUACUUAAUCUCAUGGGAAUCAAACUGUUUAAUCUUUACUUUACAUCUUACUCAAAACAUUUUUCUUGUUAGCUAACAUAAUUUUAACUUUAAAUUAAAUGAUUUAGCCACUGAAGUUGUCCUAAAAUAAAUCUUUCGAUAAAAAUGUUUGAUGAAAAUCUUUUUUGGACCCUAAAUAUAUCAGUGACAAGGAUAUUAUGUGUGAAUAUAUAAAGUAUAAAAAGAUGCAUGAGAAUGUCAAGCUGGGUAACAGAAUUUAAUCAUGAAACUGAUAAAUUGAAAUUCAUGAUUUACUAAUCAUGAUUUUUUAUGAAAAAAAAUAAUAGAAAAAAAUGCCAUUAUUUAAUAUUUCCUAACUUUAUUGGGUUGGCUGAACCAUUGAAACAAAUGAGAGUCAGUAGAAGAGGUUUGCAGAAAUAGGACAAAUUUCUUCCAAUGGAUUUCCAGUUUAUUUCUUGUGGCCAACUCAGUCAAGUGACAGAAUCCAAAAGUUGAAUCAAUCAAGAUGAAGUUGAUGACACUUUCAAUUAGAUUUCUAAAUAUAUAAGAAUAAUUUGCUUUAAAUGUAGAAACUAGGUGACACAAAAUUAUUUUUUUAGAUUCAGAACCCUGGAAAAUCUCAAAUCUUUUUCACUUUUAACUUGAACAACAUUAACUUUCAAAAGUGUGAAAUUUGUAAAAUCUACUUUAAAUGGUUUUUGUUGAUGUCUUUAACUGCAGAAUAGCAUUACCAUUAGGAGAUUUAGUUUCAAACCAAAGAAUACCAAUAUGGACAGGUAUUACUUCUUUUCAUAAAUCUAGUACCGCUAAUCUUUGUUAAAACUUCUGCAGAAUCAUUAAACUGUUGUCCAAAACUUA